UCAAUUACAGGCAGCAACUACCAUCCAUGACGUCUGGAACUUCAAAGCAAUCCAUUUUCAACAACAACAACAACAACAACAACAAUGCAGCAAAUAAGAAUCAGCCAACGUCAUUGCCAUCCACCUUAAAAUCGUCAUCAUCAUCGCCAUCGGAUAACAAAUUCGAGGGGAUAUCAGCAGCAAACAAUCCGGCACCUCGCCUGCCUUCAAGACCGGUUUCGAAGGCUGGCCGACGCUCGCGAUCGUCCAAAACAACAGCGUGGACAUCUCCGGACCCAGUAACGACAACAAGCGCAAAACUGUCGCCCGACACCAAACCGAAGCCAACACAGCUUGCUACCAUAGUAAAUAGCUCGCCAUCGCAACGGUCUAAAGGUCGCAGUGUCUCUAAUCCGCCGCCAAUUCAACCCAAGCCUUUCAUAUCAAAAUUUAAUAACAGUAAACCAGAUGUUCCCAACCAGAGUAAACCGGACGGGAUCCAAAAGCCCCCACCCGCCCCUGCCACAGCCUCAAAAACCACCCCUGCUGUCCCUCUACGACAAGUCGCUGCACGACGCGAACAGUGGCAGCGAUUACCCGACAACAACAAAACCAGCGAUAACGAUAAUGAUGAUAAUGAAAGUACGAAUGUUAAGCCCUCCGAAAUCUUGAUGCGAACGCGAUCCAAAUCCAAUGGCUGGACGCAACCAACCCAGAAGAACGCCCCGCCUGUUCUGCCAGCUCGAAAUAUUGCACCCAAAGUCGAAGCAGCAGUGGGAAUAGCAGCAGCGAAAAAGACGCCCCCACCUCCACCACCCUCUCGACCAGUGCAGAGUGGUCCAAAGGUUCCAGCCCGAUACGAAGAGUUAUUCAGCGCCAUCCACGAUGAAGGGUAUGUUGACGGGCCAACAGCCAAGGUCAUCUGGAAACGGAGCAAAGUGACGGACGAAGCACUAGCAAAAAUAUGGCAACAGUGCGAUCCUCAGGGUAGCGGUCUGCUGGACAAGAACGCGUUUAUCCAAGGCAUGCGUGAAAUAGAUGCAUUAUUAGGUCAACAACCAUCAAAGUAGUAAUGUUAGGCAAAACGAAAGGAAAAAGAAGCAGCAACGUUGCAUGUAAUAUAUUUGUAAAA